AUGACGAUACCUCGUCUUGAGCUCCGAGCCGCACUACUCGCAGCCAAGCUGCUUCAAUUGACAUCAACGGAACUCGAUGCCCCUAUCGAAAACUGCCGUGCGUGGACUGACUCCCAAAUUGUCCUGCGCUGGCUUCGUUCCGUGGAGCCCACAGGGAAUGCCUUGGUCGACAACUAUGUUGCCCACAUCCAGGAGCUACUACCGUCUAACAUCUGGCGCUACGUGCCAACCUCAUCAAAUCCAGCUGAUGUCGCGUCCCGCGGCGCUGAUGCUGGCCAACUUCAUCUACAGAGCUCGUGGUGGCAUGGUCCAGCCUGGCUGUCGAAUGGCCCGGAGUGUUGGCCGCACGAGGAUUUGGUUACACAGCCAUCGAUGCCUGUAACCUGCUGCGUCGUCCAGCGGCCCGAAGCCCAUCUGCUCGAUCGAUUCUCUGACCUUAGCACCUUGCUCCGGGUUCUUGCCCGUUUGCACCGAUGGGUUCGUGCUCACCUCGGUUGGACACGUGACCGGCCAGUGACGCCCUUCUUGACCGCGAUAGAGCUGAGAGAUGCGUCCCUGGCCUGUGUUCGUCUAAGUCAAGAGCGCGCCUUCGCGAGGAAGCUUUCGCUCCUUCGACUCAGGCGUCCCCUACCGAAGAAUCAUCCACUAGCUUCCGUUGCUGCGUUUAUCCACACUGAUGGAGUCCUCCGGGUUGGCGGGCGGAUUCAGCACUCUGCGCUGACCUACGAUGAGCAGCAUCCUCCGAUCAUCCACGGCUCCUGCAACCUAUCUCGCCUCGUCUUGUCCUGGGCGCAUUCUCGCGCGUUGCAUGGAGGUUUCAGGGUCACCAGCGCUUACGUUGCAAGACGCGCCUGGAUCAUUGGCGGCCGUGCACCUCAAGCUGGUUGGAGAUCUCUCUGCUGCCCGUUCUUGGCUGCUCUCACGCGCUUCUCUGGCCGCCGAGGCCGUCCGUCCGAGCUAUGGAGCGACAACGCUACCUGUUUUCGUCGAGCUGACCACGAACUCCGGAAAGCACUGCAGCAGGUCGAGCUGGAGGGCGAGCUCAUCGCUGGGACCCUAGUUAACCAAGGUAUCGAUUGGCGCUUCAUUCCGCCUGGAGCUCCUCACUUUGGCGGUCUCUGGGAGGCCGGCGUUAAGUCCGUCAAGGGACACCUCCGACGUGUCAUUGGCAGCCGACACCUCACUUACGAGGAGCUCUCAACAGUGUUAGUUAGCAUCGAAAUGGUGCUCAAUAGUCGACCCUUGGUCCCACUCUCUGGAGAAGCCGAUGACCUCGAAGUGCUUACGCCUGGCCAUUUAAUUACCGGAGCCCCUCUAAACUCUAUCAUCGAGGCCCUUCCUGCAGAGCGGUGCCCCGACAGGCUUGCCCAUUGGGAGCUUGUGCACAGCCUUCCAGCUCAGUUUUGGACGCGCUGGAGCCGGGAAUACCUUUACACCCUCCAGCAGCGUCCUAAGUGGGCCACGCCACGCCGAAAUUUCGCCGUUGGAGACGUCGUAGCUGUCCUCGAUCCUACCCUCCUUUUCAUGGUCGGCCGCUGGCCUCUUGGACGGAUCCUACGUGUGCACCUGGGCCACGACGGGCUAGUUCGAGCAGCCAUCAUCAGAGCCUCCACUGGCGAGUACCUCCGGCCAGUCAACAAGCUCGCACUCCUGCCGGUCGAGACCACGAGUGGGCGUCCUUUAUCACCCGUCCUCAGUGCUCCAGAUGACGCGCAAAAUAUUCACGUAGAUGCUACAGUCUUAGUUGUACAAAAACUUGAAGAUUCAUCGCCACCAAAAGUAAAACUGAAGUCAGAAACAUCAAAGAGAAAGUGGUAG